AUGAGUAAUGGUUUCAUCACGAGCAAUACCCAAAGAGGGAUUAUUACCCGAACAUUGGGCGAUUUAAUUACUGUUUGGCCUCUUAAUGUUCAUCAAGAAAAAGCGCUCACCUUUCGAGAUGUAGCACCGAUUUCAUCACAAUAUUUAAAAGUUGGCGAUUGGAUUCAAAUGGAGGUGGAACGUGAUGAUAUGGUUGUUUAUCGUGAAAAAAUUGAACCAGUACUGCAAACAUUGGUUACACUUCGCGGAAAUGUACAGGUGAGGACACGUCUAUAUUUUCCAAAUGGAAUAAAGAAAAACUCUGAGCAUGUGAUCGGUUAUUCGGAUGAUCUAGGACGAGUGGGUAUUUUUUUCCGGUGUCCUGAACUGAGAGCUGACUUUUUAUAUGACGUCUGGGUAUCAAGACCUCGCAGAAAGUUUGCAUCGUUAGAAAAGCAUUAUAAUGCGCACUGGUGUCUUUUAAGACAAACGAUGAUUUCGUUAAUGCAGGAUGGUAAUAUAACAAGGCCUUUAUGGGGAAAUCGGCCAGUUAGUUAUAAUUCCGAGCAGUUGAACAAUACGUUAACCGAAAGUAGCGUUAAUUCACAUGGAUUCGAAUUUUCAUACGCACUAAGUUUUAACGAUAAUGCUCUGAGAAAAUUAUACAGUGAUCCAAAAGUACGUGAAGCAGUUUAUCGAUGUAGCAGCGAUUUUGCUCACUCAAUCGAAGCUUAUUUGAGAACAUCUCAUGGUGAUUCCUACUGA